GCACGUCAACAAAACUUGUCGGAAACUACUUGUAUUCAUUCCGCACAGUAUCUGAUGUUUUGUAACAAAAAUAAGUUAAUAUUAACUCUAAUAACGAAAUGUAAGUGAAAAAUCAUCGUGCGAUGAAUAAACAUUUCUAGAUCCAAUUUGCACUCGUCACAUCGCUAACUACGACCCGUAGUAGUGUCAGUUGAUGUUGAUGACAAAAAAAAAAUUGAUAGGAGAAUCCUGAACAAGUAUAAAAAUCAAGCAGUACUCAGUAGAAACUCAUAGAAAAAAAUGGAGGAAAUAGAGUAUAUAGCUCUGAUUGAGUGGCAUUGUCGUCAGCACUACUAUAACUCCAUGCUGACUCAUGCAAAGCAAGCGUGCAGUACUCAUCCAAGCAGCGAGCAACUAAAGUUGCUGCUUUGCCUCGCAUAUGUUCUUGUUGGCAAGUGUCACGAAGCCAUUAAAGAGAGCACAAUUUUGCUGAACUACUCGGACUUCAUGCUGCCAGCAUUGCUUGUGCAGAAUAUCGCGCUGAUCGAGAGCGACUCUGAAAGAAGUACCUUGACGCAAAUAGAAAACAGGAUUCGCGACGAGCGCAGGAAGGCAUCCUAUAUUGCGUUAUAUCUUGCUGCAUCCGUGUUGCUUCUUUCCCGUAAAGCUGACAAGGCGAGAGAGUACGCUGACAGAGCUUACAAGUUAAAACCCACAAAUGUUAACGUACUUCUUGUUAAAGGAUGGCUCGUCUUUAGUUCGAAGUUUAAUACAAAUGUCACAGAAGCUAAAAGUUUCUUUGACAGAGCAUUGCAGGAAGAACCAAGGAAUCUGUGCGCACUGUUGGGUUUAGCGGAGGCGAAGCAACGCGCUCAAGAUUAUUCGGGAGCUUUGUCGAUCCUGAACACGCUGAUCGUGCGGUAUCCGAAGCUGCCCCUACCGUUCAUCGGGAAGAUGAAUUGUCUACUCGCGGCGAAGGAAUGGGAACAGGUGCUGGAGAUUGUGAAUCGGGUGCUCUCAAUUGAACCCAACAACCUGGACGCCAUCAAGGCGAGCUCUGUGGUGGUUCUUUGCAAGGACGGUAACUUCAGCGAGGGUUUGCCGCAGUUGCAAUUAUUCUUGCGCAAUCUGUUGCUCGCCGAGCCCAAGAAUGCGUUUCUUCUGAUGAAGAAUUUGCGUUUGUUCGCAAGCAUUGCCUUUCAAGAUUACGGAGUUUUAUCUGAACUGGCGCGAAUAACCGAAAAGAUGCUGCAGGCAACGUCGUCAAAUAGCGCAGAAUUGAUGGCGCAACUGGGAGAUUUGUAUAUUACGUUGAGCAACGUCAAGGAUGCCGAGCGCUGGUACAAGAAUGCUAUCCGUGCGGAUCAGUCUUCUUUCGCGGCGCUCAUGGGACUCGCGCAUUGCCAGUUACUGCAGGGAACUGCGGAGGAUCUAGAUCAGGCGCGCCAGCAGAUAGAAAUUAUGAUGGAGAUACAACCGCAUUCGACAAACGUGCAAUUGCUGCUCAUGUCUGCGAAGAUUGCUUCUAACGAGGACACUGACAAAACGCUGAACUAUUUGGACGCGGCAGCGAACAUCUUGCUGAAGAAUUGCGAGGGUCUUCCUUAUGGUUACGAGUAUCUCAGCGAGCUCAGACCAGAUCUGUGUCUCGAAAUUGCCAAGCAGCGUCUGAUGUACUCCUUAAACAAAUCUCCAACAAGCGAUGAACAAAAUAAAGCAGUGGAAAAAGAACCGAGCGUUCGCUUGCUGGAGUGUUUGGUGGAAGCUUGUCCAGGUUCCAGUGCGAGUCUGUUGCUACUCAGUAAGGCCAGGAUGCAGAGCGGUGACUACGACGGCGCGUAUGUUCUGUUAAAAGCGCUGGACGCUGUAGAACCGUCCAAUGCACAGGCGCAUCUCGCAAUGGCCCAGAUUCUGGCAUACCAGGGCAAAUAUCAACUCGCUUCACAGAGCCUAGAGGUUGGCUUGAGCUACAACUUCAAAAUUCGAGACGAACCAAUUUAUCAUAUGAUCAUCGGAAUGACACAGCGAGAAGCUGGCGACUUGGACGGCUGUAUCAAGAGUUGUCAGACAGCGAUGUCGCUAGCGGGAAUGAGCGGUGGCAUCGGUAGCAAAUAUGACGUGUCCACGACGGAUCGCGCAACGUUGUACUUGGAAUUGAUCGCAGCGUACAGGAAAAUGAAGCGGUUUCCCGACGCGUUGAUGCUCGUCGAUGAGGCAAAAGCAAAUCUCGUCGGCACAUCGGAACUGGGAAAGAUCGUCAUUGGCAUGGCCGAGAUCUAUCUGGACAUGGGAGAGUUGGACAAUGCCAUCGACUGUCUUCAAAGUAUCCAUCCGGGACAGUCGUACUACGUGCAGGCGCACACCAGACUAGCGGAGAUUAAUUUGAAUUAUAGAAAAGAUCGCCAAACGUUUGCCAAGUGUUUUAGAGAGCUGGUGGAACAUUGUCCAGGACCGAAGACAUACAGCAUGCUAGGCAUGGCUUACAUGUCCAUACAAGAACCUGAGAGAGCGAUAGAGGCGUACGAGCAGGCGCUUCUGCAGAAUCCGAUUGACAAGCUGGAUAUUGCGAAUAAAAUGGGCAAAGCGCUCGUCAAGGCUCAUCAGUACGCGAAGGCGAUCAGCUAUUACAAGGACAUUGUGAAGCAAGAUAAUUGCGCAGCUUUAAAAUUGGAUCUUGCCAAGCUGUACAUGAAGAUAAAACAGUACGACAAAGCGGAGGGAACUUUGGUACAAGAGUUACAAAAUAAACGUGGCGAUUCAGACAUCACGAGCUUGGAGAUACGAGGACAAGAGUUGCUGUUGCUUGCCAAAGUACGCGAGAAAUCGGGUAAUAUAAAAGGAGCACUGGCGACGUUGAAAGAAGCCAAGGAGAAUCAACAUAGGUACAUUCAGCGUCUCUCCAUGUCGCCGGGCAUCGCCGAUCAGAGACACGCGCUGGCGAACAUCUGCCUGACAAUGGCCGAAUACGCGUCGACUUUGCGCAACUACGAUGAAGCUAUAACGCAUUACAAGGAAGCAUUGACUCACAAACCCACGGACGUAAACGCUCUUCUCUCUUUGGCAAAGCUAUACAUGCAGAUGAACAAUUUGGAUCGUUGCGCACAACACUGUUCAAUUCUGUUGAAUGCCGAUCCGAACAACGAGGCCGCAUCCGUAAUGAUGGCGGAUCUCGCGUUUCGAAAAGUAGACUUCGACACUGCGGCGUUUCAUUUUCGACAGUUGCUGAUGCGCCAACCCACAUAUUGGACGGCUCUGGCAAGAUUGAUCGAAGUGUCGCGCAGAACAGGUGCUAUGGACGAUCUCGACGAGUGGCUGCAACGUGCGCAGGCUGCAAUGAGCGCCGGUUCCGUCGAGGCUGGCUACUAUUACUGCGCCGGGUUGUUGGACUGGCGAACAGGCAAAUUGAAUUCGGCGCUUCGCAACUUCAACUUCGCGCGACGUGAUCCCGAAUGGGGUCAACAGGCGAUCUACAAUAUGAUCGAAAUCUGUCUGGAUCCCGACGAUGAUACCAUUCUGUCGAGCGAAGCUUUCAACGACGAGGAUGCCGAGUAUCAGGACUCGAGAACAAUGGCCUUGAGAACAGCUUAUCGAUUGCUUCAGGAAUUAAAUCCCAAGGGAAAUUCUCACGAAGAACUGACCCACAAAUUGCUCAGCAACUUUUUUCUAUUGGCUACCAAGCAGAAGUCCAACAUCGAGAAGGCUCUGCAAGAGUGCACCUCGUUAGCCAGCCAAGAGGUUCUGCGAGACCACGUAGGUCCUGCCCUUGGUAUGGCAACGGCUCACAUUCUGUUGAAACAAACACCGCGCGCUCGAAAUCAUCUGAAACGCGUCAGCAAGAACGUCUGGACGUUCGAGGAUGCCGAAUACCUGGAGCGUUGCUGGUUGCUGCUGGCGGACAUUUACGUGCAAUCCAACAAAUACGAGCUGGCGAGCGAGCUGCUGAAACGAGUGCUGCAGCACAACGCAACUUGUGUGCGAGCCUACGAAUUGUCAGGCUACAUCGCCGAGAAGGAUCAGAAUUAUCGCGAGGCCGCGGCCAAGUACGCUCAGGCUUGGAAGUACGGCGGCAAAACGAAGCUGUCGGUGGGUUACAAACUUGCUUACUGCUGCAUGAAAGCGAAAACUUACGCCGACGCGAUCGAAGCGUGCAACGAGGUGCUGAAGCAAACCUCGGAUUAUCCAAGGAUCAAAAAAGACAUCCUGGAAAAGUGUAUAAACAACCUUCGCAUCUGAGAUCUAGAUUUUUAUACA